AUGGCAUUCAAGAAAGAAAAGCCUCUGCAUUCAGUCAUUGCAGGGACCACUGCAGGCGCAGUCGAGGCUUUCGUGACUUACCCCACGGAGUUCAUAAAGACAAGAUCUCAGUUUGGCGGCGGGAAGGAGAGCCCACUAGCAAUCAUUCGGAAUACCUUGAGAGACAAAGGGGUUGCUGGUCUUUACUCAGGAUGCAUGGCUCUCGUGGUGGGGAACGCUGUGAAAGCGGGUGUGAGAUUCGUCAGUUAUGACCAUUUCAAGAACAAGCUGGCUGAUGCGGAGGGAAAAGUCAGCGCACCACGAAGUCUGGUCGCUGGUCUUGGUGCCGGGAUGAUGGAGGCUAUAUUUGCCGUAACGCCAUCAGAAACGAUCAAGACGAAGAUAAUAGAUGACGCGAAGCAGCCUAAACCGCAAUAUCGUGGCCUCAUCCAUGGUACAGUCAGUAUCGUUCGCCAGGAAGGAAUCUUCGGCAUCUAUCGCGGUCUAUUCCCAGUCAUGAUGCGGCAAGGUGCUAACUCGGCCGUACGGUUUACCACGUAUUCGACACUCAAGCAAUUCGUCCAGGGGACUGCACGGCCGGGACAGACUUUGCCUAGUACCAUCACCUUUGGUAUUGGAGCGAUUGCCGGCCUCGUCACGGUUUACACUACUAUGCCACUAGACGUUGUUAAAACACGGAUGCAGUCACUCGACGCCCGUUCACAGUAUCGCAACUCAUUUCACUGUGCGUACCGAAUAGCGACAGAGGAAGGGGUUCUGCGGUUCUGGGCAGGUACUACACCGCGAUUAGCGCGCCUAGUUAUGAGCGGGGGCAUCGUGUUUACGAUAUACGAGGCCAUCAUCAAAUCCCUUGGAGGGCGCGAGACAUAA